CAUGUACAUCUGUGAUUGUAAGUUUUCGAAAAACUGUUAAUUCUGCAGAUUUGCUCAUCCGCUCCUGGGGAUGAUAUCUACCAUUGGAUGCAGUGACAUAUAUUAUUCAUUCUAUGGCCUCUGCAUUAGAUCAAAAAUGUAAAUCAGUACGGCUUCUUUUCCUGGAUUAUUCGGAUGCCUUUGGAAGCCUGGAUAGGUCAAUGUCGCUAAACCUGCUAUCUUGGAAUGAAGUUCACCCGGGUGUGUGUAGUCUGUUACGCGACUAUUUCACGGAUCGUACUCACUUUACCAAGUUGCACGACAAGAAAUCCUCUGUCCGCCGUGAUGACUGUGGAGUUCUGCAGGGAGCGAUCCUAUCACUUCUGUUUUUCAUAUUCUUUUCUUAUCGUCCCUAAAGUCAAGGUCCGCAUGGAUCGAAGAUUUUAUGAUUUGGAUGUGCCACUCAGCAACGCUAGCCCUAUGUUAAUCGCUCGGAUUCUAGAUGCAGGCUAUCAGUACAUAGCUCUGAGCCAGUCGGUCACAAUCGAUGAUUUCAACUUUAGCUUAAAAACGAACACAGAUGCCACUCGGAAGAAGACCAAAGAUGAGCGUCAGUCAAUGCGAUCCAGACUUAUGGACAAGCUUACACCUCCAACACGCGACUCAAUGAACGCAAAGUUGUCCGACAGUUUUAAAUACCGCACAGUAAACUGGUCCCCCGAAAUAAUGUGUUCUCCCCGCUUAUUCCGUCGACUGAACCUGUGUUGUUCCGAGCCUUCUCUGGCAGGCAUGUUUUUCAGAGAGUUCGGGGAAAUGUUGAAUCGAUUCGAUAUCGUAAGCAUGUGUCCUGCAUCUCCCGGAGCGCUGGUAUAUGCGUGUGAAAGCGCUCCGUCCCUUGAUCUGAUUACUCUCGACCUGUCCAACCCUGGAGAUCUCCGUCUCACAAGCAGACAGUGCUCACUGAUUUUAUCUCGUGGACUUCGCUUGGAAUUUCAGCUGCGCUCUCUGUUUCACUCCGGUUCCAGUGGUACCACGGCCAGAUCAACGUUGGCCUAUUAUCUCGUCAAUCUGCUUUCUGGAGUCCGGCUAUCAUUUAACAAAUCCAUUGUGGUCAGUUCCGGUGCCACAGUCGGCUGGGAAGUGCGUCGCCCGCUAGCAGUAAUUGCCAUAUUACAAUGUCUCGGGUUAACCCCCCUAGAAGUGGCUCAAAAUGCCCUGACUAGGGGACCGUAUUCAGCCAUAACACAUGGUCUAUCCCGUAGUCGAACGUGUCAUGGGACUGCUGCCUUGUUGUCGUUACUGUCCAAUCCAUCUGUGGUUUUCAUUGAUGAUAUCGAUGGUGCAACAGCCACAAAGAAAGAAUCUCCACCGAACAAAAAACAAUGCGUGGGAUCUCCCGAUUAAUGUUACCCCUUGUGUAAAGUUUGAUGAUGGACAUUUAUAUUUCCGGACUUG